AUGACGUGUGAUUCUGGGGUUCUCAUUGUGCUCUUUUUGUGUGCCCAGUCCUUGAUGAACACGCCUCAGCCUCAGAGGGUUCUUAUUGCUAGUCUCCCAGCCAAGGACAUGCAGCUCCAAGAACGGGUGGCCGCCUCUGGGCUCCAGGCUGAGCUGCUCGAGUCCGCUCUGAGGAAGGCGCGGACGCACUUGCCACGGGAGGCAGAGCGAGCGAGCGAGCGAGCGAGAGAGCGAGCGCGCACCCUCCGGGAGCCGCCUGCGCCUCCCCGCGGCCCGGGACGCACGUGCCUGGGCCAGGGCCAAGGCCAGUGGCCACUCCGUAGUAGCCGGGGCGGGUGGGGAGCGACUGGCUCCGGGCCGCGGCCGUCGCCCGCCCGCCGGCUCCGGUGGUUGGGCGGAGGAAGCGCGGGACUCCUCCUCCCCGCCGUAUUAACAUGCACCCAGGGGCGGGUGACCAGCCCAGCCUCGCCGCCCCUGCCCGCCGCUGCGUCCCGGCGCUCAGUCUCCGCGCCAGAGGCGAACCUUGCGCUCUGGGCGCCGCAAUCGAGAGGACACGGCCUCGCAGACACCUUCCUCCGGCGGGGAGCGGCAGGAACGGCAGCGCCUGGCUGGGCGCCUUCCCAUCACCUCGCUGAGGGACGUCCCGCGCCGCGGGACCACCGUUCUGGCCCGAGCUCCGAGGUUCGUAGAACGGACGGACAGACGGACAGACCCCACCAGCGAGUUCCGGACUGGAACUGCGGGCAGCGGCAAGGCUCAGGUGGUCUCCCCGCCUUCAUCCAGAGGGUUUUUGCUUGCUGUUUAGUUUACCUACUCUCUCAACUACAGAGUGUUUCUCUGGCUCCCCAGUGCU